AUGCCAUGUGAAGGCUGCAUGGAGAGGGACAAUAUGAGCACUGGUGCAACCAUGGAGUUCCUCCUGCUCGGCUUCUCUGAGCUGCUCUGUCUGCGGGUCCUCCUCUUCCUUAUUUUUCUCGUUGUUCAUUUGGUCACAUUGGCAGGAAAUAUGAUGGUCUUCAUGGCAGUGGUUAUGGAGCCUUCACGUCCCCCCAUGCUUUUCUUCCUCUGCCAGCUCUCUGCCAUCGAGCUCUGCUACACCCUAGCCAUUGUCCCUAAGGCGCUUCUCAGCCUGAUAGUGGUGGACGGCAGCACCAUCUCUUUCAUAGGCUGUGCUGCACAGAUGCACCUUUUUGUGGCACUCGGAGGGGCUGAAUGCUUCCUCCUGGUAGCCAUGUCCUACGACCGCUACGUGGCCAUCUGCCGGCCCCUUCACUACAUGGCUGUGAUGAGCCAAGGGUUCUGCCUCAGGCUGGCUGUGGUGUGCUGCCUGGGAGCCUUUGCUGUUGCCCUGGGGUUGACAGUGGCUGUUUUCCGCUUACCUUUCUGUCAGUCUCGUCGUAUCAACCACUUCUUCUGUGAUGUCCCUGCUGUGCUGCACCUGGCCUGUACACAGAGCUACACCCCCGAGCUGCCCUUGCUGGCUGCCUGCGUGCUCCUCCUGCUGCUCCCCUUCCUCCUAAUCCUGACCUCGUAUGUCUGCAUUGCUGUGGCUUUGGUACAGGUCACCUCCUCUGUGGGAAGGGGCAAGGCCUUUUCCACCUGUGUUUCACACUUGGCCAUCACCUUACUACACUACGGAUGUGCCACUUUCAUUUACAUUCGUCCUAAGUCCUUUUACUCACCAGCCCGAGACAAGGUGGUGUCUCUGGUCUACACCAACAUUACUCCACUAUUGUAUACCCUCAUUUACAGCCUGAGGAACAAAGAAAUCAGAGGUAUCCUCAGGAAAAUGUUGAGAAGGAAGAAAAUAGCUCCGCUAAACUGUGAUACUAUCAGAGUUGAGAUGUGUGUGUGGUAA